AUGAGGAAAACAUUAGAAAGAUUAGUUCAAGCAGCGGAAUGUCAUAAUGAAGUUGAAAAGGCUGAAAUUGCUGCAACAUCUCAUAUUAAUGUACAAUAUUCUAUUCCAACUUAUGUUGAAAUAUUAAAGAGUGCAAAGGAAAAAGGACUUUUGAAUGGAGAAACUGUAAGUAGGAAGUUCAGUGAAGUUCUAGAAAGUGUAUUUUUAUUAGCAAAGGAAAUUGUCAAGCCUCCUGAUUUUAACUUUGAAGAAAUUCCAUCAAAAAUUAGAGACGAUAAUAGGUAUUGGCCUCAUUUUCAAAGAUGCAUAGGUGCUAUAGAUGGAACACAUAUUCCUGCCAUUGUUCCUACUAAGGAUCAAAUACGUUAUAUUGGUAGAAAGGGAUUUCCAACACAAAGUGUCAUGUUGGUGUGCAACUUCGAUAUGUUAUUUACUUUUGUUGUUGUUGGAUGGCCUGGUACUGCACAUGAUACACGUAUCCUUUCAUCUACGAUUGAAGAAAUGAAAAAUGUGUUUCCUCAUCCACCAGAAGGAAAGUACUAUGUAGUUGAUGCUGGUUAUCCAAAUAUGAAAGGGUAUCUAUCACCAUACUUAGGUGAAAGAUAUCAUAUUCCUAAUUUUAGAGUCGGUGGUCAAGCAGAAGGCAUACAGGAAGUAUUCAAUCAUGCACAUUCUUCACUAAGAAAUGUAAUAGAACGAACAAUUGGUGUCUGGAAGAAAAAGUGGCAUAUUUUAUGUGAUAUGAGACCAUUUCUGCUAAUUAAACAACAAAAAAUUAUAGUUGCAACAACGACACUUCAUAACUUUAUUCGGAUUUGUGGCUUCGUAGAUGAAGAUUUUAACAAAUACGAUAACAUUUCUGAAUAUAUGACUGGCAACAUAGAAGAAAGAAAUAUUCAUGAAGAUUUAGGUUCAUAUAAACCAAGACGAGUACAAGAUGGAGGCUAUAUGGAUAAAGUUCGAAAUCAAAUAGCCAUUGAAUUGAUUGAAAAUAGAAAUCAUUUGAGUUAA